CGCAUAAUGAGAUAAGACCGACUGUAUCGAGAGGCCACGAAUCGACGGUCACAAGAAGAAUCCGGACUAAGUUACGGAGAUUGUCUCGCCUUUGGGAACCUGCGAGUCUUCGUUUUAACGUCCUCUGUAGCCAUAUGUCAUGUCGGGUCUUACAUCCGUAAGGACCACGGGUAACAAAAUCGAAAUUCUGAACCAGCUGCUACUGCCACAUACGACCGAGUUCAUCGAAAUCAACACGAUCGAAGAGGCUCACGAUGCGAUCAAGACUAUGAAGAUCCGGGGUGCGCCAGCGAUCGCGUCGCUGGCUGCACUUUCUAUCGCCUCGCAUCUCUCCCGUGCCUUGGAAAGAAGCCCUCCGCCCGACUUCCUCUCGUCGUCAGAAGCACUCGAAGCGCAUAUCAACAAGCAACUUGACUUUCUCUACACCGCACGCCCGACUGCGGUGAAUUUGGGUGCUGCGAUGCGACGUUUGUCUCGCACGCUGCAAUCCUCUCUCAAGGCGGGCAAGGACGCCCGAGCCAUUGCUCAGGACCUGAUCGUGGAAGCGAAGAAAAUAGAUGCUGAGGAUGUGGGCAGGAAUAAGGAGAUGUCAAAGUGGGGAGCGGAGUGGAUCGUUGGACAAGUCGGGGCGAUGAACGCAUCGACUCCCAAAGUGAAUGUCAUGACCGUUUGCAACACUGGCUCGCUUGCCACUUCGGGGUAUGGGACUGCACUAGGUGUGAUCACUUACCUGCACGAAACGGGAAGACUGGAGCGCGCCUUCUACACUCAGUCUACGCCGUACCACCAAGGAUCGAGGCUCACGGCUCUCGAACUGAAAACCCUGAAGAUACCCUCGACAAUGCUCUGCGAUAGCAUGGUCGGCUCCCUAUUUCAGCAUCAUAAUAUCCACGCGGUAGUUGUCGGUGCCGACAGGAUAGCUCGGAACGGAGACACCGCUAACAAGGUCGGGACGUAUAAUGCAGCUGUCCUGGCAUUCCGCCACAAGAUACCGUUCAUCGUGGUUGCCCCAGUCAGCACCGUAGACCUGGAUAUCCAGGAUGGUAGUGCGAUCCCAAUUGAGCAACGGCCGCCACUGGAAGCGUGUCUUGUGCGGGGUGCUCUUUACCCUACCAAGCUGAAUGCAGAUGGGAUAAAGGAGCAAGCAACCGUGAUGGUGACACCAGAAAAUCUGGAUGGCGUCUACAACCCCAGCUUCGAUGUCACGCCGGCAGAGUUGAUCACAGCCAUUGUUACGGAGAAGGGAGUCGCGGUGAAGCUUGCGGGUGCUGAUGCAUUUGAUCUGACGAAUGUCGUGUAACCAUGAUGUUUCGCCUGAUAUCGCUGCUUGCUUAAACGUUGUCGACAGUUCUGACUUUUAUUCAACGAAUGCGCUACGCCUGCAAUGUCGCUGUGGUUGGACGUUGAGGUCAGACGUUUUAAUAUUGAAUGCUCGAC